AUGGAUAUUGUGACUUACAAAAGCUCGGAACGGUGAUUAUUAUUAGCUCUUGUGGUCACGGUCUUCAACCUUUCUUGGGCUUUGUUUCGCUAAUUUCUUUACAAUAGUUACCUCAAGUUUUGCUUCUACCAACAACCAAACCAGAAUAUAUUUUAAAAUAGUUAGUAAAGUAAAGACACUACUCUGUACUGCUUUACAAUAUGUAUUAGUAAAGUUUCUACUCGUUACUAAUGUAAAAAGUGAUUAAUCGACGCGCUGUAAUUUCUUUGUAAACAAACACAUUUCUGAGUAAAGGUUAACGAUGUCUUUUUUGAUCCGUAAAGAUGAACAUGGAAAUUCAAGUUUAAUUUUAGAAAUUUAGCCUUGAUUUAAAAACCCCUAAGGCUAUAACUUAAAAUUUUUUUCCAAAAUUUUGAAAUAUGAAUUUGCUAGCUAAUUAAUUAGCUUCCUACUAAAUCUACACAAGCUUAUACAUCUUUUACUAUAAUUUUGCAUUUCAGUAUUGGCACGACAGCUGGCUCCAAUGGAAUCCGGCCAAUUACGAAGGCGCUACAGAAGUCUUCCUACCGUCGUCCGAUAUUUGGCUCCCCGAACUCAGUCUCUACUACAGUCUAAACUUUAACAGUGCCGUCAAACUACUCAGUAACAACGAUGCCAGGGUUAACUAUACGGGUCAUGUUCGCUGGUACCUUCCCUUCUCUACAGAAUCUCUAUGUUCAUCGGUCGAUGUCAAGUUCUUUCCAUUUGAUAUGUAAGUUUUGAUGGAAUGUACUAAAUAAAGUAUUUGGUAUAGUUCAAAAUAAUCUGGACUAUAUUGAAGUAUAUUGUUUACUACGUCAAGAAUUGCACUAUAAUUAUCAAGAAAAGAAAAUUUUAUUUGUAAAGUCGUAUGUUGACUAAAACACCACCUUUUGUUGUGAUGUUGUUAUAAGAAAACUAGCCUAUAUAUGUCUUGUUUUAGCCAACAAUGCACGCUGAUGUUCGGAUCGUGGGCCCAUUCCAACGAUUCGAUCAAGUUUGCGUUGUAUUCUCAGAAUCUUUCACUUAUUGACUUUUACGACAAUCAAGAAUGGCAAUUGGAUAUGGUAAGCUGAGCACCUUUAGAAGUAUAGUAUAAAGGUUACCUUAACUUUACCGUCUUUUUGAAUAACUGUUUUGAAAUGUCAUGUUUUUCAGAGCCGAAGUCAUAUCACCGCUCAAGCUUUUUUAUACGAUUAUCUGGAUCCUCCUCUGUUUUGGGAGAUGAUCAUAGUUGAGUUAGUUGUUGGACGACAAAGUUUUUACUAUGGUAAGUCAAUUUUACUGUAAUAUAGGUCAAAAGGCAACAUGAUGAUUUUGAUAUUCUAAACUCAAAUAAAAUCUUUUUUGUCCAUUUUUAAGUUUACUAUGGUAGCUACAGAUAUUACUUCCUGCCCUUAUUACCAUUGAUUUUCAGUGUUCAACCUGGUGAUUCCUAGUGGAAUCAUCGCUGUAGUCGCCGUUGUCGGCUUCCACACUCCAUCGACGUCAGCGCGUGUAAGAGACGCCAAGUUCAGAUUAGGAAUCAUGACACUCAUGUCAAUGUCAACCAUCGUAGUAGCUAUUGUAGAAGACAUGCCCAAGUUCAGUAUGUCUGGAAGUCGAAAAGCUCGAGGGUCUUUCAGUGGAGUUCCGUUGAUAGGUAAGAUCACUUUUAUUAUUGUUAUCUUUUAGGUAUUUUAAAGUGGAACAGUGAUGUUAGCUCCAGUUUUAAUAGCAUUUACUAUUAUAGUCACAAGAAGUUGAAAAAUUAAAAUUUUAGGUCUUUACUACUUUAUGCUACUGGUAAUUGUGGGUCUUUCAACAAUGACAACAUCAAUGUUUGUAUUUUUGGAACGAGACUUUCGGACAAAAAGAAGAAUACCAUGGUAUCUCAGAUGGUUAUCAUAUGACAUACGACGAAGUACCUUCAGGUAAAUACAUUAAUUUUUUUUAAAUUGAUGACAAAUGACUUAAUUUUUCAAAAAUGAUAUUUUUUCUUUUAGACGAGCUUACAAUUACGAAGAUACAACCCUAGAACCAGAAACUACGGUGAGUAAUAUUAAAAAACAUUUUACAUUACUUUUACAAUUCUAUUAUUUUUACAAUAAUAACUAUUAUCUUACAGGACGCCUUGUUAUCACAAUCAAGUGCUGGACCCCACAGACAUUUGAACGGAUUUGUCGGCGAGGGAAACGGUCCUCGCUCCAGAAACAAACAACAAUAUACUCAAGGAAUGGCUAUGUCCAUCCUCAAGUUAGUACCUCACGAAAACGAUAACGAAAGACAACAAGCUCAAGCCGUUGUAGAUGAAACUGUAGAUGGAUAUCAACACACAAUAUUCAAUCCUGGAGCUGUAGGUUUUUAAUAUUUUAAAUCUAAAUAACCUAUUAAAAUAUAUUGAAUAUUAAACGUUGUUUCAGCAAGAAGAACCUAGUCCACCAUUGAGAAGACAGCUGAGGAAACGCCUCAGCUUGGCUCACUAUGACAACAUGUUACUAUACCAGUACUUUGGUCAACAAAUCGAAGAUUUGAGUGGACUGCUUCAUCGGAUCGAAAAGUCUGUCACUGGCAUAAAGUAAGCACUUAUAAAUAUACAAUUAAAUUGAUAAUUUUUCGCAUAAAAAUGAGUUAUAACAUUCCACAGUAAUCUUAUAUGUUUUUCACCUACACAAAUCUAAACAUUUUUUUAUUUCAGAGGUGACAUGUUAGCUCUAACGCCUCAAAACGACCUACACUCAAAGUGGCAAACCGUCAUACGACGUCUAGAACUGCUAUCUCUCAGCUUCUACAUGAGUUUACUCUUCACAACAGCUUUCCUAUUCUUCUACCACGAUUGGUACUGUGCCAUUGGACAUUCCCCUUGUGGUACUCCCAAUCACAAGUGUCCUUGGAUGAAAGUGGAACCAUGUGGCUGA